AUGGAUAUAUCUGAGCCAGGUACUUCCAACCAAGAUCAACAGCAUUCGGUAAAGUCGAGUACUUCCAGUCAAAUAUCUGGCCCAACCAAUGAGCCUGUUGCAUACACUUACAAUGAAUACCAAGAACCAAUGGAUAUAUCUGAGCCAGGUACUUCCAACCAAGAUCAACAGCAUUUGGUAAAGUCGAGUACUUCCAACCAAGAUCAACAGCAUUUGGUAAAGUCGAGUACUUCCAGUCAAGAUAAACAGCAUUCGGUAAAGUCGAGUACUUCCAGUCAAAUAUCUGGCCCAACCAAUGAACCUAAUACAGACACUUACAAUGAAUACCAAGAACCAAUGGAUAUAUCUGAGCCAGGUACUUCCAACCAAGAUAAACAGCAUUCGGUAAAGUCGAGUACUUCCAGUCAAAUAUCUGGCCCAACCAAUGAGCCUGUUGCAUACACUUACAAUGAAUACCAAGAACCAAUGGAUAUAUCUGAGUCAGGUACUUCCAACCAAGAUCAACAGCAUUUGGUAAAGUCGAGUACUUUCAACCAAGAUAAACAGCACUCGGUAAAGUCGAGUACUUCCAGUCAAGUGUCCAGCACAACCAAUGAACCUAAUACAGACACUUCCAAUGAAUACCAGGAACCAAUGGAUAUAUCUGAGCCAGGUACUUCCAACCAAGAUCAACAGCAUUCGGUAAAGUCGAGUACUUCCAACCAAGACAAAAAACAGUCAAUGGACAAAGAGCCGGGAAAUACUGGGUCGAAUCAAGUGACUGAAUUAGGCAAACAGGAUCAAAUGAUCUUUGAUGAUAUGAAGAAAAGACUUGUAGCGUUUAAAGAAAUACAAAAGAAAAAACGCAAAGAAUAUUCUGAAUAUAAAACUGCUGGACGCAAACAACAAUCAGGGUUAGAAAAAGGGGAAAAUAUAUCUGGAUCAAGGCACGAUCCAGAGUUUGAAAAGAAAUUGAAACAAGAGUAUAUAGAGGCAAUUACAAGAGUAUUCGGUGUCCAACAAGAAUUGAAAGCGUUUAUGGAGAGGUAUGGUUUGGAGUUUAAAGAGCCGAAUUCGAAUUGA